GUUGGUGCUGUUGGUGCUGUUGCUGUGUGGCAUUGCCGCAAAAUGUAAAAGCAAAGCAAAUGAUACCGGCGAUUUGCCGAACAACAUCUGACAACAACGCCGAUAACAACGCCGAUAACAACAUCCGAUAACAACAUCCGAUGGCAGUGUCGAUAGAAGUGUCGAUUGAAGUGUCUAUGGCGGUGUCGAUUAAAGUGUCGAUAGCAACAGCAACAGCAGCAGCAAUCGCAACCUGCCGGCCUGGCGACGCUCUCUGCGCUCAUGCGCGCUCGGCUCGCUUGUCCGCCCGUCCGUCUUGGCCCUGUCCGUCGCCAAUAUCUCUGCCGUUUCUGGAUCGCCAGCCUUGCUCGCACCCCUCGCUUGCUCUGCACCCGCUUCGUUGUCCGGGUUCGUUCGUCCUGCUCCGCUCAUCCCAGGCAUCCACCUGCUCGCUCCGCACCCGACCUCUUAGCUCCGCCCUGCCCCUUCUACCAUGGCCGAAAUCCGAAGAAAGCUCGUUAUCGUCGGCGACGGCGCCAGCGGAAAGACCUCGCUGCUGAUUGUCUUCCACGAGGGCCGCUUCCCUGAGGUCUACGUCCCCACCGUGUUCGAGAACCAUGUCACCCACCUCACCGUCGAUGGCCGGGCCGUCGAGCUUGCCCUUUGGGAUACUGCCGGCCAGGAAGACUACGACCGUCUCCGUCCGCUCUCGUACCCGGACUCACACGUCAUCCUGGUCUGCUUUGCCAUCGACUCUCCCGACUCGCUCGAGAACGUCGCCUCCAAGUGGAUCAGCGAAGUCCGACACUUCUGCCCCGGACUGCCAGUCAUCCUUGUUGGCUGCAAGAAGGAUCUCCGCAACGACCCCUCCACCCUUCGUGCCCUGGCCGCCCGCAACGAGCGCCCUGUUCUUCCCGAUGAGGGUCAAGCCAUGGCCAACAGAAUCGGCGCCUAUCGCUACGUCGAAACCUCUGCCAAGAACCGCGAGGGUGUCCGCGAAGUCUUUGAGAGCGCCGUUCGCGCUUCUUUGCGAGAUGCUCCUCGGCCAGUCAAGUCCAACAGGAACAAGAGUGGAUGUGUGCUGCUCUAAGCAGCCCACUUCAGCGCCGGCCAGCCUGUAGUCCAAUGUCCCCCCAGCUUCUGAACCGAUACUUCCGCUGUCGGUGUGGACAUGUUUCCCCCUGAAGAAGCUUGGGUAUAAAUCCUUUGAAUGCCCCAAGACAGCCUUGGGCUUGGGCCCUCCAUUGGACAAACGGACCCGCACACCUCCCCCCCCCACUUUCGGCAGAGCAUCCCUCCGAGCUCUGAACGGUUAUCGGCAAGCUUUUGGUUGAGGCUUGUGACUCGAUACUCCCCAAAUGACCUUCUCAAUACUGUUCCUAACUCGAGGAUAACACCCUCCUCUCCCCCUUCACUUCGUUUAUUAUCAGGUUGCUCUAUCUUUACUUCUCCUUAUCCUCUCGCCCCUUGCCCCCUGUUGUUUGGUUGCCAGGGACUGCUGUUCUCAGCGGAUUGCCUUGGCGACUUGUUUCCCCCCUCCUCAUGUCUGUCUUUUCUCGCCGACUGUGCAAUAUAACGUGUUACUCGAUA